AUGACCAUACCUCCUGGUUCUAAAAUCCUGCCAGCAGAAAACUCAUCUAUAUCUGUGUCGGGAAAAAAGAGAGGAAACAUCAGACUCCGAUGUGAACAUGAGGACGAUAAUAUUGUUCACACUGAGUUGUUCACUCCAUCAAGAAACAUAUCUGUGUGUGAGACUGAAGAAUGUAGUGGACGAGUGUUUAAAGAAGGAAACUGUGACGUCGUCAUCAAGAAUCUGAUCUUCAGUGACGCUGGGAAAUACACUUUGAGAAUCUAUUACAAUAAUGAUCAGACAGAACUGAAGUACCAACUUCAUAUUCAUGAUGAGAUUUCUGUGAAAACAGGCGAGGAGCUAAAGAUGUCUGUUCUGGUGUCUGAUGCUGAUAAAGUGAAGACAAACUCUAGUGGAGAGUGGAAGGAGGUUUGGACGAGAGAUCACGGGGUUCAGAGCGACCGAAUGAAUGAUGAUAAUGAUGGAAACCUGAUCAUUAAAUCAUUUCUGGACAGUGAUGCAGGAACAUACAGAGUUCUGGACACUGAAGGAGAAAUCUUGAUCACAGUCACAAUCACAGAAUCAAAGGAAACACUGGAGCACACUGAUGCCACUAAAUGUGACGCUGUCGUCUCUUGGAUUGCACUGACUGUGGUUGUGCUUCUGCUGGCUCUGAUUCUGACUGCUGUCACGUUACACAAGCGUCUGCUCAGAGGUUAUACCUGCGCUGUCUCUCCAGAAGCACUGAGGGCCCAUAAUGAUGUCUGCUGAGGGCCCCAUAGACUCUGAUUAAACCGGAGAGGUGUGCAGGACAUUAGUGACCUCACUGCUGGACACUGAACUCACCAACACUUCAACAGAAACAGCACACACUUCACAACUGCAGAAACGGUUAGAAACAAUAUGUGUUCAAGAACUGGCUCCAAAUAUCAGACGUGUGUGAAACUCUCGGACUGGAUGAAAUCAAAGUCUGAAACUAAAGAAAUCAUGUGUUCAUCACACAGUUCAGGAUUUUCUGGUGGAUCUGUCAGAUCUGAGCAAAGUCUAGCAGCUCACACUGUUUUCAGUGUUUAUGAACAUUUGAG